UUAAACAAGUUCCACAAUGUAUGAUCAGUUGUGGAAAGACUAUUUCGGAAGAGUUAAGCAUUUCAACGAAAAAAUACAAUUUUAAUUCUUCAUCAUUUGACGAGUCCCAUAUUAUUACCAAUCAGUACGCGAUCAGUUGGUUUUACCAUUCGUAUUUUAAUUACCAAAAUGCGGCGCUUGUUAGGGAAUAAAUACACAGAUUUCAAUUGGUAUGACCUGACAAAUGCGUUGUAUCGUGUUACGUUAUUGAGGUUGCAUGUGAAAAUAAAUGAAGGUUUUAGACAUUCGUUUAUAAAUCCCAAUAUUUCCGAUCAACCAUAUUAUCCAGAUUUGGAAUUAUUUGAGAUAGUUAAAAAUAGAUUUCCCGAAGACUUUGCUGUUAUACAUCGAAUAUUAUCUGCCAUUGGUUUCGUGAAAUAUGGACCCGAUUGCUUUGUGCCAUUUUUGCCGCUUUUAAAAGAUGAACAACGGUGCGAUCCUAUCAAUGUACGUUUCACUAACUUACGUGAAAUUGUCAAUACACUCGCUGAUCCGGAAACUUCAGUGGAAAUACGCAAGCAUUUCUGGCAGCACAAUCCAAUACCCGGUGCUAAAUGGAGCACGGCUGAGGUAGAUGGAAAAGAUGAAUUUCUUGCCAAUACUAUUCUUUCUAAUCCUAAUGACAUAAUGCCAGACGAAUGCGACGUGAAUGAAGAUAUUUCUACAAUACGAGGUAUCAUAUGUGUAAUGGGUAGAAAGUACUCAAAGGAAAUUGUGAAUGAAAGAAUUGAGUAUGAGUCGUAUGGAUCAAGGGCUCAAUUUGUAUCGAGCAUAGCUAAACCCGUACGUUGUCCCUCUUAUAAUGAUAAUAAAAUAGAAAUGCCUAAGGGUCAGCAUGAUAUAUUUUGGUCACCAAGAUGGUUAAAGCAAAAUGAAAUUGAUUUGGGAGUUUUUUGCUUACUUGGUGAACAUUCAGAAGCAAUAAAAACCGAACGUUUAUUGGCGAUACGUUUUGAAGAGGUCGCAACUCAACAUAUUUAUCAAUCUUAUUKAAAUUCUCACCUACAAUUUUUUUAAAUACCGCAGAAGUAUAUUAUUUAUAAAAAAUUCAGUUUUUAU